CAUGCGCGCGCCAUUUUGGAAACCAAACCACAGAUUCGCAAAUGCGUCGACUUCGAAAAACAAAAGACUGACACGAAAGAGUACCGUUUAGUGAAGUUUUAUUAAUAAAUCGUGAAAAAUGAGCCCGGAUAGAGAAGCUGAAGCAUCCGAAGACAUGCUGGAGUCGAUUGACGAGCUCAAAGAGCGGCUAUCAUCAAUGAAGAAGAUGAUGGAGGAACGGAAAGCGGCUGGAUCCGGCACGAAGGACCUUUUUCAAGGUCACGCGAGGUCCCUCCACGGGACUAACAUGAUUGACGGGAACUUUCUCAGUUUUGUCUUCGGUGGAUCCCUGGUGGUUAUUCUAAGUGUAUCAGUAUACGCCUUUUAUAACUUGUACCAUGCAGUUUUGAAGAAAUUCCCAUCUACUCAUACAGAGUUGUGAAUGAAAGUGUAUGGUCAUGAUGGGUCAUCUAAUCAUCGGAUUGGUCCAGGUUGCAGAGCGCAGUUGUACGGUAAUCGUAUAACUUUUACUUCUGUGCAAUAAUUGCAAGAGAAUUUCAUUCGAGAAAACCAUUUUUCAAAAUAGUUACUAGUAGACAAUAGUUAAAAGAUUUGUCAAUAAAUUGUUCUACGAAAUAAUAGCUGUAGAGUCACAAAAAGGUGUUGUAAUGAAACAACUGUAUUAAUUAAUUAAUACCAAAUCAAAUAUGAACCAUGACCAUGGCCAUGACCAUAAAGUGCCCUCUCCCUGGUGGCCUCAUAUCUCUGCGGUCACUAAAAUUUUCAUUGCGCAGGAACGCGGUAGUAUCCUAUUGAAUAGUUUGUAAGUUUCAAUGAUUUACUUAAUAAAGCU